AUGGCUCUCCUUCAGAGCCCGCUAUCCAGGGGGGCCCCCUCGAUCGCGUCGAUUGUCGGCGUUGCUGUCAUCUGCAUCAUAUCUUGGUUCAUAUGGAAACUUGUUGAGGAGAAGCGUUUCGAGAGGCGAUACCGCUUGCCAAACCUCGUUCCGGGCCUGCCUCUCAUUGGCAACGGACACCAAAUCCCUCCCGGCGGUACGGUUUUGCACUUCCAAAAGUUGGCCAAGCAAUAUGGUGAGAUGUUCACCGUAAAGAUUGGAGGCGUGUACUGGCUAUUUUUGAACUCUAGACGGGUCUCAAAUGAGCUUCUAGAUAAGCGAGCCUCUAUUUACUCGUCUCGAAUGAGUCUUCCCAUGGCCAACGACCUCAUUUCAAACCAGAAACGGAUUGUCCUGAUGCCGUAUGGAGACUUGUGGAGGCGGGAGCGAAAAGUAAUGCAUCAGAUCCUGAACGGCACUCGUACACGAUUGUUUGAGCCCUAUCAGGACACUGAGUCUAAAGCCCUACUCUUCAACUAUCUACAAAGUCCCCAAGCGUGGUUCAAAGCGCACGCAACCUUUUCGGGCUCCAUCAUUAUGUCUGUCGUCUUUGGGCGGAGAGCAGGCCUUGAGGAUCCCAACCUUCGCGAGUCACUCGCCGUUUCCGAGAAGUUUGUGCCCUAUCUGGUACCAGGUGCCUCUCUGGUCGAUCACUUGCCAUUCCUUGCCCGGAUCCCUUGGUUGAAGAGUCUCCAGCCUUGGCGAUGGUACGGUGACUACCUUUAUCGCCGCACCAAAACGGUUUACAAGAGAGAAAUGGAUGAUUUACGCGGACGCAUGAAGUCUGGAUCGUACAAGCCUUGCUUCAUGUCCGAGUUCCUUAAUCUAGGCCACGACCAAGAGUUUGAGGACGACGACUUAUAUUUUAUAGCCGGCGCUCUAAUGGAGGCGGGGACAGACACGACUCGCGUAUCGCUCGACCAAAUCGUUGCUUCUGUAGUCUUGUUCCCGGACUGGGCCGAGAGAGCUCGUAAAGAGCUGGACGAGGUUUGCGGUCCCAACGCGGAACGGCUUCCAACAGCCCAAGAUGCACCAAAGCUCCCCCGUAUCAAAGCUGCAGUAAAGGAGAGCGUUCGCUGGAAGCCCAUUAUUGCUGAGACAGGCAUCCCUCACGCACUGACGCGUGAUGAUGAGUUCGAAGGUUACAGAAUCCCUGCCGGAACCGUCGUUAAUUACAACCACUGGGCCAUCUCGAAUGACCCCGCACAAUAUGAGCAGCCCGAGCGCUUCUGGCCUGAACGCUUCAUGGACGAGGACCUUGACAAGCCUUUGCAAGGGCAUCUAGGGUUUGGCGCGGGUAAAAGGGUCUGUGUUGGCUAUAGCGUUGGCAACACCAACCUGUUUAUCGCCAUUGCACGCAUCCUAUACUGCUUUGAUAUCCAAGGGGCGGAUGAUACUCCAAUUGAUACAUCCAAGCCGCUGUACGCCAUUGAUUCUCAGCCUCCAUUUAAAGUGCACGUCAAACCAAGGACCGAAGCACAUGCGGAACUUGUCAGGAGGGAGUGUAGCGACGCAGUUGUAAAAUGA